UGCGCGACCGGUCUGACACGCGCUUCUCGCAGCCACUUUAGCCGCUGUUACUGCGAUGGCGUUUUCUGUUGCACGUCGUUUGGCACGACGGGCGUCAGUCGCCGCGUCCUGCACUCGGCGGCAGGUCUGUCCCGGUCUCGCCUCGCGUCACGUCGAAGAAGUCCGGCUUUCAGGUCAAAGAGCCCUUCACUACGGCCCGGCUGGCGGCGUUAUACCCGGAGGAGCCAGCAGUGCGCUGACAUUGAAGGGGCUGAGAGUCCCGCAGAGGCCUCCUGCCAUCAGUGCGUUGUCCUUCCACACUAGCACCCCUGUCACCAACAAGGAUGACUUCUAUCAGGUGCUUGGGGUGCCUCGCUCUGCCUCUCAGAAGGAGAUAAAGAAAGCCUAUUAUCAAAUGGCCAAAAAAUACCAUCCUGACACCAACAAGGAUGACCCCCAGGCAAAAGAGAAAUUCGCCAAGCUGGCAGAAGCGUAUGAGGUUCUGAGCGACGAGGUAAAGAGGAAGCAAUAUGACACGUACGGCUCGGCUGGGUUCGACCCGCGGCAAGCUGGGGCGGGCCAGCAGCACUGGAGGGGCGGAGCCAGCGUGGAUCCCGAGGAGCUCUUCCGCAAAAUCUUCGGGGAGUUCUCUGCUGGGAAGGGGUUCGGAGACUUCAGCUCCAUGUUUGAGCAGCCGCCAGAGUACGUCAUGGAGCUGACGUUCAUGCAGGCAGCGAAGGGCGUCACCAAGGAGAUCUCCGUCAACCUGGAGGACACCUGCCAGCGGUGCCAUGGCAGGGGCAACGAGCCGGGCACCAAGAUCCAGCACUGCCACUACUGCAACGGAACGGGCAUGGAGACGAUAAACACUGGCCCCUUCGUGAUGCGGUCGUCAUGCCGCCGCUGCUCGGGGCGGGGCUCCAUCGUAACCACGCCCUGCAUCGUGUGCCGGGGGGCAGGGGAGACCAAGCAGCGGCAGGGGGUCACCGUUCCCGUGCCUGCAGGGGUGGAGGAUGGCCAGACUGUGAGGGUGCCGGUGGGAAGGAAGGAGAUCUUCAUCACCUUCCGGGUGGAGAAGAGUCCGGUUUUCCGCCGGCAUGGGGCGGACAUUCACUCGGACGUCCACAUCUCCGUGUCCCAGGCCGUCCUGGGGGGCACAGCCAGGGCUCAGGGACUGUAUGAGACCAUCACCAUCCCAAUCCCACCCGGAAUCCAGGCAGACCAGCGGAUCCACCUGGAGGGGAAGGGAAUCCCUCGGGUCCACAGCUACGGCUACGGGGACCAUUACAUCCACAUCAAGAUCCGGGUGCCCAAGAGGCUGACCGACAGGCAGAGGGCGUUGCUCUUGAGCUACGCUGAGGAAGAGGCAGACAUAGAUGGGACGGUAAAUGGGGUCACCACCACGACCGCAGGUGGGGGCAGUAAGCCACAUCGUUCUGAGGCAGGGCAGGACACACAGGAAGAAGGCUUCCUCACCAAGUUAAAGAAAAUGUUUAGCUGACAGCCCUGGCCAAGGAAAGAGAUCUGUGGGUAAUUAAGUGGAUGAGGACAAAAGUCGAGAGGAAGAACUUCUCCUGUUCCCUGCCCCCCCCACCAGCUCCAUGGGCACAGAGAUGGGGGGGGGGGGGGUGGGGUGAUCUGUGAUGGAUCUUUGCACAUAGAGCUACUCGCCAGGGCCAGGCGAGCUGGGAAUCGCCAUCCGUCUCUGUUCGUCUGCCAUUUCACCUGAAACGAGCCGAACCGUACCGGACCGAAGCUGUCUCUGGACUCCCCCGUCGUCGUAGUGCCGCUUCCCGGCCCGAAUGUGGAUGGUUCUGUGUGGGUGUUUCCCGGCAGGCCAGCGCUCCAUUAAACAUGAGCUUAAUUCCUCCCAAA